UCAAAGAAUGUAACUCCAGUGUGCAGUCAAUGAAGAGGAUGGAGGAACUUAUUCACCUCAAUAAGAAAAUCACUUUCGAGGGAAAGAUCUUUCCUCUGAUCUCUCAGUCCCGCUGGCUGAUGAAGCACGGCGACCUCCUGGAAGUGGACACGCAGACGAUGAGCAUCUCUGGGUCGAAGCUCAAGCUGCCCACCAAGCCGGUGUACCUCCACCUGUUCAACGACUGUCUGCUGCUGUCCCGGAGGAAGGAGUGAG